AUGAGCAGCAAUACCUCCGAGGAUAACUUUGAGUGGGUUGAGACGCCGCCGGCGCCCUCACCCACGACGCCCGAGUUCGACUGCGGCGUCAAGACAACGUCGUACCCGACCAUUGCCAAUGCUCCUCUGCCUGCAGAAGGUUCGGGCCGCGACUCGUUCAACAACUAUGUUCUCAUUUCGCUGCUGGUGGGCAUCCCCGCCUACAUCACAUGGAGCUGGGGCAUGGGCUUCAAGACGUGGGUCUUCCUAGCCCUUGUCCUGUGUCUGCCCAUCCUGGGUCCCUUUUGGUGGCUCACGUCCGAAUUCGCGCCCCGCAAGAACGAAAAGGCCAAACUGCCCGGCAAGCCCAUUGAGCACUACCUCAAGUUUCACAAGGCCGAAGACCGUGACGCCUACUACGGCAAGAAGCAAAUCCCCAUCGAGACAUUCCAGGAAAAGUCUGUACGACCCGAAACAUGUCCACCAAGCUUGCAUACUGACUCCACGCCAGACGAAGAGCAGGUACGCGACCACUACGACCGCGGUGACGACUUCUACGGCUGGUUCCUCGGUCCACGCAUGAUCUACACGUCGGGCAUCAUCUCCGACAUCAACAAGGAAGAGAGCUUAGAGCAACUCCAGGAUAACAAAAUGUCUGUUGUUUGUGAGAAGAUUGGCUUAAAAGAGGGCGAGAAGAUGCUCGACAUUGGCUGCGGAUGGGGAACACUCACCAGGUUCGCUUCCGUCAACUACGGUGCGCAUGUGACUGGUGUUACUCUUGGCCGUAAUCAGACCGCGUGGGGCAACAAUGGCCUCAGGAAGUCUGGAAUCCAAGAGGACCAAUCCAACAUUCUCUGCAUGGACUACCGCGACAUACCACUCCCCCCCGGUGGCUACAACAAAAUCACCUGUCUCGAAAUGGCCGAACACGUUGGUGUCCGCCACUUGAGCUCCUUCUUCCGCCAGGUUUACGACAUGCUUGACGAUGACGGUGUCUUCUUCCUCCAGAUCGCUGGUCUCCGUAAAGCUUGGCAAUUUGAGGACUUCACUUGGGGUCUCUUCAUGAAUAAGUACAUUUUCCCUGGUGCCGACGCUUCUACCCCUCUCGGCUUCGUCAUCGACACCCUUGAGGGUGCUGGCUUUGAAGUGAAGAUGGUGGAUACUAUUGGUGUGCACUACUCCGCUACUCUCUGGCGCUGGUACCGUAACUGGCUCGCCAACAAGGACAAGGUCGUUGCCAAGUAUGGCAUCCGGUGGUUCAAGAUUUGGGAAUACUUCCUCGCAUAUUCCACGAUUGCUUCUCGCCAAGGUACCGCCACGUGCUUCCAAAUCACUUGCGUCAAGAACCUCAACGCCGUCCACCGUAUCGACGGUAUUGAGACACAGUUCAGUCUAUCUGCCGCUCUUGCUGCUAGCAGAGCGAAGCUUGCGGCGAAAGCGCAGUAAACUCUCACAUUCAACUACACGAGCUGCGUCAUUUCAUGGCCUUUGAUUUAGCCUUUGAUUUAUUGGAAGAUAGUGCCAAGCAGUUGAGACGAUGAAUAAAACCAACGAUAUAGGAUAUGCCGAUAUGAAGGCGUCGAGCAUCGUCAGCAUGAGCUGAACCGAGAAUAAGAAGUGGAAGAAGCUCGUCAGAGCUGAUACAAUCCUGAAUGACUGUCAUCUCCCCGAUGAAUAUAGAAACAUAUAUGAAAAAAUAAGACUACGAUUAUAUAUGGUCGUAUUGUACGAACA